UGCCCUUUCAAAGGGAAAUGCACUGCGAAAAAUAUACGCCGGAAAUUCGCGAAUUGCUGCCCGUGCGGGAGCACAGAUGCCAAAAAUGUCCUAAUUUGGUUUUUGGGAACCUCAGCCACUAUCAGCUGCACCUGCGCCAGCGCCACCAGGAAGUGCUCCCGCCCUCGCCAAGUGGAUCCAACACCGCUUUCCAUUGUCCUGUGGAAAAGUGCAUCUACCAUGUGGCCACCAGGGGAGCCCGCAGUUUCACCAGCCUUCGCCUGCUGCGACAGCACUACCAGAAGAGCCACCUGGACAAGAACUACAAGUGCCAGGAGUGCGGCGAGAAGUUCCUCCUUCAGCACCACCUGGACAAGCAUCAGUGCUCGGAGCACAAGUGUCCCGUGUGCGAGCUCACCUACAACAGCAAGGCGAGCCUAAGGACCCACAUGCGUCGCAAGAACCAUCUGGUGGAGCAGGAAACCGACAAGGUGGCCAUACCCUCGCUGGCCAGCUGGAGGAAACUUAACCCAGUGCCUAAUUCACCUGCAGAUGCGAUUGUGCCCUCAAUUUUGGAAGUUGCCUCUGUAUUACCCCCUCCAGAGGAGUAUAUAGACACUAUAUCCUCCAGCUUGGCAAUAGUCACUGAAUUACCAGCUGAGAUUUCACCUACAGAGGCCAAUAUCUCCUCCAAUCUUGAACUUCAUAACGAAUCACCCGCAGAAGAGGAGCAUAUUCUCUGCUUCCUUCCCAUUAUGGAUUAUUCCCUUGAGCUGUCCUCCCAGAAAUUGGACAUGGAAACCCAAACGGAAGAGGAUGAUCUGAAUAAAAUCAGGAACGAAGUGUUGGCGCCUCUUUUGCGGGAUAUAGAAACCCAAACACCCGACACCAGAGGUGACAUAGCAACGAUGACCGAUGAUUUCCCAGAGGAGCAGGAGCAAGUGGCCCAGUCAGUUGCAGUCGGCAGCGAAUUCCACUCCUAUCCAGAAAACGCACCUAUGUUCGAUUUGCAAACCUCCGCCCACAUGUACACCCAGACUUGCGACGAUCUGUUCGAGGAACUGGGACUGUCCCACAUCCAAACCCAAACCCACUGGCCGGAUGGUCUGUACAACACGCAGCACACUCAGACCUGCGACGAAAUAAUGGAUGAACUCUUCCCGGACAACUUUCAGUCGACCUGUACGCAAACCAGGUGGCUGGACUGGAAGGAUACUGGAGAAGGCGAAAGUUAGGAAAAUCAAAUAAAAGCUUAAAUAGUAAAAUGAAA